AUCAUAUAUGGAGCGAUUUGGCGCAAUAUUAUUUGUCAUAUUUCUCUUUAUGGAACCAAUAGCAACGAAAUCGUUGUGGAAACGAGAUGAGAAGAAAUGCAAGGUUCAUCGCUCCCCUCCAGUUCAUCAUGUUAUGGAUCAAAUAUGUCUACUCUGUCAUGAGAUGUUCUCGCAUGAAGCGCCGAAUCUACGAGCCGAAUGUCGAGCGAACUGCUUCCGAAACGACCGAUUUACAUCGUGUCUCGCUAUGUUCAGCUCAAAAAAUCGCCCUGAACAUUCGUGAUA